AUGAAGUCCAUCGCUUGUCUUGUCUUCGCCAGCGCUUUGAUUGCCUGCAGUAUGGCUCUGAUCACCGAUGAGCAGCGAGAAGCGGCCCGGCAGCUGGCUGGUCGCUGUAUGCAACAGACUGGCGCUUCGGAGGAAGAAGUGAACCGGCUCCGAUCCGGCGAUACGUCCGAUUCCGACCGGAGCACGCGCUGCUUCGUGCAGUGCUUCUUCCAGGGUGCCGGAUUCGUCGACAAUGAUGGCAAUGUGCAGGCGGACGAGCUGACGGAGAAACUGGCGGGCGAGUACGGGCAGGAGAAGGCCGAAGAGAUGGUCAGCCGGUGCCGGAACAAUGCCGGUCCCGAUGCUUGCGAGCGUUCCUUCCGGUUGCUGCAGUGCUACAUGGAGAACCGAGCCACGCUGAUGUACUGA